AAUUCUGUAGCAGCACAUGCAUUUCCGUCUUAUCUAACUUCGAAACAAGCAAUUUUGACAGCUCUGCUUGUUUGGUUCUGCUGUGGUGCAGUUCUGCUUGACUCAUUGUGUGAGGUGGAUCAAGGAGUGGAAAUGGAAAGCACAUCCAGCAAAGAGGAGCAGAGUAAUCAAGAAGACUCGGAUUCUUCAGAAAUCGACGAGAUAGAGCCUAGACUGAAGUACGUGAGGAUACGCAAUGACCUGGAACACAUUCUACAGAAUGAUGCAGCUAGCUGCAUCGCUGUGCACCCAAAGUUUCUCUGUCUGGGAUCACACUGGGGAAUGAUUCAUCUUCUAGACCAUCAGGGAAACAAUGUGAAAUCUAAAACACUGCAGGCACAUACGGUGGCAGUCAAUGAAAUUUCCAUAGAUGACAAUGGUGACUUUAUCGCUUCGUGCAGCGAUGAUGGAAAGGUUUUUAUCUAUGGACUGUACAGUACAGAGAAUAAUCACAAUAUAAGCAUGGGCAGGCUAGUUAAGAGUAUAGCGAUUGAUCCAAAUUAUUACAAGAGUGGUAGCGGUAGAAGAUUCAUUACAGGCGAUGACAAGCUAGUGCUCUACGAGAAGACCUUCCUAGCCAGGAUGAAGCCAACGGUACUCUGCGAGGCUGAGGGUGGAGUGAAGUCUAUUGCAUGGUCUGGUCGCUUCAUAGCGUGGGCCUCCGACACUGGUGUGAGAGUCUAUGACCUCGACACUAGGUGUUCGCUGGGACUCAUUAAGUGGUCCCAUACCACAGACGCGUCGCCGGAGCACUACAGAUGCAAUCUGCAAUGGUCGGAUGAGAAGACGCUGCUAAUUGGAUGGGUGGAUAUCGUGCGCAUUUGUCAUAUUAGGAAACGUACCACGCAGGAGAUGAUCAAUCGAGAUUUGCCCGAAUUUGUAGUUGACCCAGUGUCAACGUUCCAAGUAGAUUUUUAUAUAUCCGGUAUAGCGCCACUGGGGAACGAACUGGUAUUACUAGGAUGCUUGAAGGAGCCAGACGAAGAGGGAAAGAACCAACGACCGACGCUGCACGUGGUUGAACCGAAAUAUCAAGAUUUUUCUCUGGUGUGUGCAAACUCGCUUACCUUACGUGGUUACAAGGAGUACGGUUGCAACGAUUAUCAUUUGGAUUGUUUAAAAGAAGAAAACAGAUUUUUUAUUGUAAGUCCAAAGGAUAUUGUAGUAGCCAGUUUGUACGACAUAGACGACAGAAUUGAAUGGCUGUUGAGCCAUGGCAAGUUCGAGCAAGCCCUGGAAGCGGUAACGUCGAGCAGCGGCAAGGAUUGCAAGAGACACACCAUGCUAAAUGUGGGUCGCAUUUAUUUGGAUCACUUGCUGGCAUGCGAGCAAUACGAUGAGGCUGGAAAGCUCUGUCUCAAAAUCUUGGGACGAGAUAAAAAAUUAUGGGAGGAGGAGGUUUACAAAUUCGCCAGAGUGCAUCAGCUGCGAUCAAUCUCAUCUUACUUGCCUCGCGGUGAUGUCACUCUCGACCCACUGAUCUACGAGAUGGUACUGUACGAGUACCUAAAGAUGAACCCCGACGGUUUCCUGCAGCUAGUCAAAGAGUGGUCCCCGAGUUUAUACACGGUGGCAGCAGUAGUUAAUGGAGUAUUGGAACAUUUACUGGUUCACAAUUCGCGACAGAACGUAUUGUUGGAAGCUUUAGCCAUUUUAUACAUUCACGACGGCAAGUACGACAAAGCCCUCGCUAUGUACAUGAAGCUGCGACACAAAGACGUUUUCCAGCUGAUCCAAAAGUACCAGCUGUACAGCUCGGUGUACGAUAUGAUCGAAGGCCUGAUGGAUCUGGAUACUGAACGUGCCAUACAAUUCUUCCUGGAGAAAGACAGAGUGCCCACUGAAGUCGUUGUACAAAAACUAGAACAUAAUCAUCGUUAUUUAUAUCUGUAUCUGGACGCCUUAGAUAAGAGGGAUACGAAGGAUUCGAAGGGCAAGUAUCAUGGCCUGCUGGUGCGACUGUAUGCCGAUUAUUCGAGGGACAAAUUGCUACCGCUUCUUCGUCGUUCCGAUAAUUAUCCGAUACAACAGGCUCUAGAUAUCUGCAGUCAACGCCGGUUUUACCCGGAAAUGGUGUAUUUGUUGGGUAGAAUCGGAAAUACCUCGGAGGCCCUGGCGCUCAUGACGAGGGAACUUAACGACAUGGAGAGCGCGAUCGCGUUCUGUCAGGAACACGACGACGAAGAGCUGUGGAACGAUCUAGUUAAUUACUCGCUUGACAAACCUGCGGCAAUUACAUUCCUCCUACAAAAGAUCGGCACCUACGUCGAUCCACGGCUCAUGGUACAGAGGAUAGAACCCACCUUGGAAAUUCCGGGGUUGAAGAAAGCGUUGGUCAAGAUGAUGUGCGACUACAAUCUGCAAGUGUCCGUGCAGGAGGGUUGCAAGAAGAUACUGUCCAAUGAUUAUUUCAAUCUGCACGAACGACUCGUUCGUUGUCACGAGAAAGGCAUAUUUGUCGAUGAUGAUCAGAUGUGCGGGGCUUGUCAUAGAAAGAUAAUUGUAAGAGAGCCACGGAACAUGAUUGUAUUUUAUUGUAAACACUGUUUCCACGAGGAUUGUCUACCCAACUUCGAACUGAUCGAAAAUUGUGUAAUAUGCAACACGCAGAAGGAGAUGACGCCUGGCAGAAAAUGAUAAAGGUAAAGUUCCACUUCAUCAUGUGACACGCGUGCAAUGUUCGAAGCUCGAAGUAAACUAGUGAACGUAUUUCAGAUGUGAUGUAUAAACAAAUUUUUACAUAAUAAAUAGAUCGAAAUUACUUAC